AUGGCUCCGCCAGCCGCCGCCGCUUCGGAGCGUGACUCCUCGUCCGGCACCGUCCAGCUCCUGCUGCGCAACAUCGACUCCACCACCACCGUGAUCCGGGUGCGGCGAGAGGACACCUUGGAGUCGGUCCUGAUCGGCUGCCUUGGGAAGGGCGCCGCCCGCGGGGGCGAGCUGCCCGUCUCGUACGCCGGCCGGGACCUCCCGCGCGGGUCGACGGUCGGCGAGCUCGGGGUCCCGCGCGACGCCACGAUCCAUGUCUCCUCCCGGCUCCGCUCCACCCCGUACGCCGACGCGUGGAGCCUCGCGUCGGAGAUCGCGGCGUCGGCCAGGUUCCCCGUGGCGAGGAGUGGCCAGCCGGCGGUGGUCGCGCCGCCCGUCGACCUUGACAACCUCGUCGGGAGCUUCCUGGACUUAGCCCACGCCGCCAACAGGAAAGAAGCUCCUAGCUCCCGGGGGGCGGCGGUCGCCGCCCACCUCGACAUCUUCCUCCGAAGCGGCGCCCCCGUCGUGCUCGUCCAGCAGUACCUCUACGCCGACGAGCCACCGCGUCACGCCGAAGCGGAGCGCGCCAUCCGACGCUUCGUGUCUCCCCAUCGCACUGUCAGAGGGUGGACGGCGCCGGUGCUCCUGGAGUUCUGCCGAUCCAUCGCCGCCGCCUGUGGGCGUCAGGUCGACGGCAACCCGCUCUACACUGACUUGCGAGGCACGCUCGCGGCGGUGCUCUCCGACCCCGACUGGACCCCGGCGCGCUGGCUUGACCUGCCGCAAGAGCGGGUGGCCGAGCAAGUGGGCCGGUUUGCCGGGGAGGUGGCGAGAGCUGUGACGGAAGAAAUCGCUAGGGCGUACUGCCGCUCUACGGCGGGUCCAUGGAACUUGGCCGCGGUCGAAUUCAAGAUCUUCUGGUCGGUGCUGCGCAAGCUGGACGCCGACGCGCCGCUUCUCCAGUGCAGGACGGCCAUGUUCGAGACGCUCGCGUCCCUGCUGAGGAGCGUCGACGAGUGCAUGGCCAGAUUCGAUAAGAGCCUGCCGCGGCCGCCGUGGGGCGAGCACGCCGCGUCGCCGAGCGCGCCGCCCAACUGGACGACCUCGCUGCGCACCGUCUGGGCCGUUCUGGCCGAGCUGGACGCGUGGUCGCAGUCGCAUCAGGAUGCGUUCUGGGUCCUCCGCCGCGCCCUGCGAGCCACGCUGGCGGAGCACCCAGCGGCGGUCACGGCGCUUGUGCUGAGCGCCGGGAGAGAGAUGAGGCGGAACAGCAGCAGCUGGAUCGCCAGGCAUAGGGACCUCCUCCCGUUCGAGGCACGGAGGCACCUGGCCAUGAGAAUGCUGCCGGAACUCGUCGCCGGCGUCCACGCACCACCGCCGUACGAGAUGCUCAUUGAUCGGUCGCGGUUGCUGCCCGACUCAUUCGGGUACAUUGCUCAUGCGACGCCCCAGGAGCUUGGCGCCGGCCUGUCCGUGGCGUUCAAGCACGAGCAAGCCACUGGCCCCGGCAUGCUGAGGGAGUGGUUCUGCUUGGUGUCCCAGGCGCUAUUCAACCGGCACCUUGUUCUCUUCUCAGCGUGCCCGCAUGACAGGAGAAGGUUCUUCAUCAAUCCCACAUCUGCUGUGGAUCCGCUGCACCUGGAGUACUUCGAGAUUGCUGGACGGAUGAUUGCAUUAGCUCUGAUGCAUAAAAUACAUGUGGGUGUUUUCUUCGACCGGACAUUGUUCUUGCGACUAACUGGGAGAUCUAUUACAUUGGAUGACAUUGUGGACGCAGAUCCAUCCCUCCACAAGAGCUGCAAACAAAUCCUAGAGAUGGAUCAGAGUCUUGUGGAUUCAAACGUGUUGGGGCUAACAUUUGUUCGAGAAGUUGAGGUGUUAGGGUCUAGAACGAUCCGUGAGCUCAUCCCAAGUGGGAAGGAUAUUGUUGUGACUAGUCAGAACAGAGACAACUACAUCAGUCUGCUCAUUCAAGAUAGGUUCAUCAACAGCACCAGACGUCAACUGAGUUAUUUCAUUAUAGGAUUUUCGAGUUUCUUCGACAGAGGGGAACUCGGGGCAAAGUUCUUCGAGAGUUUGGAUGCUACAGAUUUUGAUCGGAUGUUGGGCGGCGGCUGCAACGACACCAUAGAUGUGAAAGAAUGGAGAGCCUAUACUGACUACCGUGGAUACAAAGAAAAGGAUCGCCAAAUCAAAUGGUUCUGGGAGGCCGUUGAAAACAUGACGGUUGAACAGCAAAGGAUGCUGCUCUUCUUCUGGACCUCGGUGAAGUAUCUGCCGUCAGAUGGUUUCUCGGGGCUGGGUUGCAGGCUGUUCAUAUACAGGGCCUCCAGCUCCCGCGACCAUCUCCCCACCUCGCAGACCUGCUUCUACCACCUCAACCUCCCAGCUUACACUUCGUCCCGCAUGAUGCAAAGCCGGCUGCGUAUGAUCGUCCAGGAACAUAUGAGCAGCGGCUUCGGUGUAUCGUAG